AUGAAUUAUUUCUUCCGGGUUGGGAACAGCUGUUUGGAAAUUUCCUUCAACGACCACACCCUCUACAUCAUCAUGUGCUUCUAUUACCUGGUGGUGAUCGUUGCUUCAUUCUCCAUUUCGGCCAUCAUCUAUUGCAUCGCCCAGACGACGACUAGGAUGGAGCAUCGGGCACGAACCAAGCUCUUCCAACGACUCUUCUUCCUAUUUUCGUCAACAUUGUGGACGUUCAUCACCUGCGUCCCGUUCAGGGUGCUCUUUUUGGUGAAUAUGAUGUUCGGCGUCCGGAGUGAGUGGCAGCGACUGCUGACUGACGUCUCCUUCAAAUUGCUCGUCAGUGGAAGCAUUGUAAAUCCGGUGAUCACGAUCGCUACCCAACGCAUCUAUCGCGAUCGACUCAUCAAAUAUCUUGGGUUGUUCAAGGAGGUAGUCUCCAAAAACAGCACCACUUCCGGUUUUGACGACAACUCGCUGAUGGAUAAGCGUCGCCAAUCCUCGAAAACUACGAUUAUCUUGGAAAGUGCCCCGCUUAACAUCCCGUCAACUGCCCUU